AUGGCUUUCAAGUCCGCCACCGCGCUCGCCCUUCUGGGUGCAUCCUCCGUCGAUGCCUUAAUCCGCAAGGAUUGCCGCGGCUCAACUGGCCUCGCCCGAAUGGACCCCAUCAUGGAUGCUGGCACCGUUAGUAGCCACGUGUACACCAUGCAUAUUAAUUAG